AUGUCUUAUCAAGUUUCAAUAAUCAUCGCGAUUUUUACAAUCUCUGCAGGUAGCUGCGUUGUUCCUCCCAUCUCUGCCGGAGCGGAUAUAUUGGCGUUCUUCCCAUUGCCAAUUUACAGUCAUUUUUCUGGUUUCAAUCCGCUGUUCUUGGAAUUGGCGAACCGCGGUCAUCGCGUGACCGUAGUCAGUCCGUUCUAUCCAAAAGGAGAUGUGCCGACCAAUUACCAACACGUACCCAUUCCCGAUGUGAAAAUCCAGAGAAGUCGGAAUCCAUUGGAAAUCCGCCAUACGUAUCGGGUGACCAAUAUGAUCAACGUCAAGCAGAAUAUGAUGAAGAUGGUCACGCGGACUCUGGUGCUGAACGAGACUCGUGCGUUUCUCAACGACACUCGCUAUGCCUUCGAUCUGGUUUUGACCGAAUGCUGGUACAGCGAUAUUUACCUGGCGAUAGGUCACAGAUAUUCCGCUCCGGUGGUGUGCCUGAGCCCAAUGGCACCGUCGGUGACGCUCAGCCAAUCGCUGGGCUUGCCGGAUCAUCCCGCGUACGUGCCGUCGUUCUGGCUCCGGUACUCGGACUCCAUGUCGUUCGGUGAACGGCUAUACAACGCGGCGAUCGAUGCCGCCGAGCUGAUCGUGUCCGACAUCGCGUUCCGGUCAACGGAUCAGCAGAUGCUGGACGAUCUGUACACGUACCCCGGACACCUGAACUGCCCUCCGCUGGACGCCCUCCGCCAAGCCGUCCAGCUCACGUUGGUCAACGGCCACCAUUCCGUGUCGUACCCCAGGCCGUAUCCGCCGAACGUGGUGCAAGUGGCCGGCAUGCACAUGCGGCCGCAGACGUCCGCCAUCGUUGACCGGAAAUUCAAAGCGCUCCUCGACGGUGCAACCCACGGGGCGAUCUACUUCAGUUUCGGAUCGAACAUAAAGAUGUCAGACCUGGCGGAACGCGAUGUCCAAGUAUUUGUCGAAUCAUUCAGGAAGCUCAAGCAAAUCGUGCUGUGGAAAUGGGAAAAGGGCACCAUUCCUAACCUGCCCAACAAUGUGUACAUUGAUAAAUGGUUUCCACAACAAUACAUAUUGAGCCAUAAAAACUGUAAGCUGUUCAUCACUCACGGAGGAUAUCACAGUCUCGUGGAGGCGUUGCACUAUGGUUUGCCGUUAAUUGGAUUCCCGUUUUUUACCGACCAGUUCUACAACAUGAGGUUUGUCAUCGAAAACGGUUUCGGAAUAGAAAUCUUACUGGAAAACCUAAACGUAAAAGUCCUAGUCGAUGCUUUAGGAAAAAUCUUGUCCGAUAUAAGUUAUAAGAAGAACGCACAGACAGCUUCCAAUAUCUUCUUAGACCUUCCAGUUUCCGCGAUGGAUACCGCAGUGCAUUCGGUCGAAUACUUAAUCCGAAACGGUGUUUCAGAUUACAAAUUGCCCGCGUCCACGAGCUUGAAUCGAUAUCAAUAUUUUCUGAUCGAUGUGGUGGUUUUGAUUGGCGCUGUUGUAGCUUUAACCGCGUUCAUUUUAUAUAAAUCCAUCGGUUACUUAAGGAAAAUAAUUAAUUUAAAAAACAAAAAGUCAAAAUAA